CUUCUCCAUUGCUCUAGGAGCUCUUUACCCUUCUACUUACUUCUGCGAGACAGCACAUCUGCCCUCUCUGUCGCAAUAUACUUGCCUCAGUUCAACGAUGCGGCUGUUCAUCACCCUCCUUCCGCAUCUUGCCCUCGCCUCGCUGUACAGCAGUCAUACCGCACAAGAAGUCAUCAGCCUUCUCAACCUCCAGCCCAACGUCGAAAAAGGCUAUUACCGCCAAACAUUUGUCGACGCGCGCACAACGGAUGGCAACCGCUCCGUCUCUACCGCGAUCUAUUACCUCCUUGAAGGCAAAGCCGGCUUCUCGUACUGGCACAGGGUAGAUGCUGUGGAAGUGUGGCACCACUACGCUGGGGCUGUUCUCACGCUGGAAAUGUCCUGGGGUAACGGCACUGCGACCGAGCGAGUGCUGCUUGGUGACGAUAUUUUCGGUGGCCAAGAACCGCAAGGCAUUGUCCCAGCGCAUCGAUGGCAGAGAGUGAGGAGUUUGGGAGAGUGGACGCUGGUUGGCACGACGAUGGCGCCAGGGUUUGCUGAGAAUGGUUUCGAGAUGAGAGAGGAUUGGAUGCGUCACAACGAUCGUUAAGAAGGCUGUGAGGUGCGACUUGGGUGCGACCAUGAAAAUGAAUACAAGAUCCAUGGGACGGUAUACGUGCAGAAACAUGUAAUUGCUAUAUACUAUUUUGGUAUGUAUAGUUACAGCGAAGGUAAAG